CUGUGGAUUGGGUGGGAUUUCGAUGAUCUUGCAGAGGUGGAUGUUAUCGACGAGAAGACGGGACCAAAUGUUCACAGGCAUGGUGUGGAGGAAGGUUCAGCUUCCAUUGAAAGUAAUGAAUACAAGUCUUCUGGGGAUGUAAACAUGGAAGCUGCUAUAUCGAGUGACGAUGUCUUGCGAGCUGGAGGCUUUGGGGCUAGAGAUGAUAUAGGCAGUGUUCUCCCUGUUGCUAGUGACUCGACCGACUUCGAGGAGAUGAUCCUUAAUGCUAAGGACUACGAAGCGCCACAGGCAGAACAACAACGAAGGCCGGGUCUUGGAUGGACAGAUGCAGCUGAAGAACAAAACCCGUCUUCUGUUCAGCCCUUAUCUGUGAGUUUUCGAUGA